UAUCUGCAGAUAUAGGAGGGCGUGCGUGUGUUGGACUACAUCUCCCAGAGUGCACUGGAAACCACUGACUGGGCAACGUCUGGGCGUUACAGGCCUGGAGACUGUGAACGAGGAGUCUGGAGUGAGAGAGAGAGAGAGCCGGCGGAGGAGCUGUGGGAUGUAGUAAAGUAGCUAGUGUAGCUGUUUAGUCUUGUACAGGUGCUAGUUUUAUGAUUAUAUAAGCUGUAUUGCAACGUCCGAAGAGUUCGGGUGGUCACGGGCUAUGAACGCAGUAAUAACAACAAGCGAAAGUCCUGGAGUCCUGUUUAUAACAAAUCCAUAACAACGAGACUAACUGUCUGCGUGUCUGUGUGUCUACCUGCUGUGUGUGAAUCUGGGGAUGACAGCGAGGAAAAUAGAUGUUUUGGAUGUGAGCGUCUUUAGUACCGCUGUGUAACAUGCAGUUGUGACGCUGAUCUGUCUGUCAUCGCGGAAUACACAUUGAUGCAAAACUAGAAGAGGCGUACGUGGCUUUGCUUUAUUAGAUUUGUUGAAUGGACAGAAUCGGACGUAAAUAAACAUAUGCAACGAAAACAACACAGCCUUGGCAAUCAGUGGUCUAGGGGGCAAAUAAUUUACCGAUUUGAUGGGACUGGGACAUUUCAACUGUCCAGCAUCACGGAUUUGAUGGGACUGGGACAUUUCAGCUGUCCAGCAUCACGGAUUUGAUAGGACUGGGACAUUUCAGCUGUCCAGCAUCACGGAUUUGAUGGGACUGGGACAUUUCAACUGUCCAGCAUCACAGAUUUGAUGGGACUGGGACAUUUCAGCUGUCCAGCAUCACAGAUUUGAUGGGACUGGGACAUUUCAGCUGUCCAGCAUCACGGAUUCAAAGGAAGGGGGUGAAAACUGUCUCGACUGAAAAGUGCGUUGUUGUUUUUUUUUUUUUUUGGUGAUACAGCCAAAAAAUAUUAAGUAGCUAAUAACCAUGACGUCAGAAAAGCGAGAUGAUGUCGUGUUUUUAAACUCCAAGCCAAAAGCGUGCAUAAUUAAUAACGGAGAGUAGAAAUUAUACACGUAACAAGUACAAACAAGUCGAUUAAAGAAUGCUACGCCAGGACUAGUUGUGAGUAUAUAUAUUUUUUACAAUAAAAAAGUAAGUGUGGAUGUUACUCUGCCGGCUUUGCAUCGUGUCGUUGCGGUGAUGACGCUGGGAGAGAGGCGAGGAUGGACUGAGCUGCUGUUCAUUUAAACCCAAGGCAGCUCUUCUCAUCGCUGUAGAUCUCCAGUAAUCUUAUUAACGAACAUCAUAUUAUUAAGCACACUACCGCAGUUGUAGGGCGCUGCUGAAGAAUCUCGCUUUAGUUUGAAGCGCAAGUUCGGAGUCUUUGUUUCGCUGCCUGUAUCUGUUGCGCAAUGGCACUGAACCUUGUUGGGCACCAGAUCUCUAGCGCCGCCGGACUGGUUAUCAGGAGCGCGGUCAUCUCUGCUCCGUCCAGAAACAACACCGUGUCCUCCUCGACAAGCCCGAGCUCCACGACUAACGAGCGGGGCUGUGAGAACGGAGCGCUGAUGGACAGCUUUGGGAUCUUUCUGCAGGGGCUGCUGGCAGUCGUGGCGUUCAGUACUUUGAUGUUGAAGCGCUUCAGGGAACCGAAGCAUGAGAGACGGCCAUGGAGGAUAUGGUUUUUGGACACUUCCAAGCAGGCUAUUGGGAUGCUGUUCAUUCACUUUGCAAACGUUUAUUUAUCAGACCUCACCGAAGAGGACCCCUGCUCCCUGUACCUCAUCAAUUUCCUGCUGGACGCCACGCUGGGGAUGCUGGUGAUCUACACGGGGGUGCGCGUGGUCUCGUGGCUCGUGGAGUGGCAGCAGUGGGACUCUCUGCGCUUCGGGGAGUAUGGAGAGCCCCUGCAGUGCAGUGCCUGGGUGGGCCAGUGCGCUCUCUACAUCCUCAUCAUGAUGUUUGAGAAGGUCGUGAUCAUCCUGGUCCUGCUCUUACCUCAGUGGAAGAAGCUUGCGCUCCUGAAUCCCAUUGAGAACCCCCAGCUGGAACUGGCCAUUGUUAUGUUGAUAGUUCCCUUCUUUGUCAAUGCGCUGAUGUUCUGGGUGGUUGAUAACUUCCUCAUGAAGAAGGGGAAGACGAAAGCCAAGCUGGAGGAGGAGGCAGGGGACGAUUCUCGCAGCAGCAGAAAGGUCCGCUAUCGGCGGGCUCACUCUCACGAGGAGUCCGAGUCGGAGAUCCUGAUUUCUGCUGAUGAUGAGAUGGAUGACUCGGAUGGAGAAGACGACCUGAGGAGGCUGACUAAUUCCAAGCCCCUCAAGAAGAAGAAGAAGCACCGGCUCGAGCUGCCGCCCACGGAAGUGAAGAAGAAGAAACGCCCUGCAGUGAAGGAGGAGGACCUGAAGGGGGCGCGGAAUAAACUGGGCUUGAAGGGAGAGGUCAAAUCCAAAACCUACGCAGUGAUGCAGGAGUGCGAGCAAGCCGGCCUUCCAGCCCCGUCUGUGUUCAGCCGCGCCCGGACCGGAACAGAGACAGUGUUCGACAAGCCCAAGGAAGAGCCGCCCAAGAGCGUCUUCGGGAAAUAGAGACUCCUGCUUCUUCACAAUUACAGUCUGAGGGGAGAAAUCGUGGCUGCGAAGAAAAAAGAAAAGAAGGCAAAACUAGCGUCCCACCUGGGAGUACGUUCAGCUUGCACAGCAGUGUGUAGAGAUCUGCAGCAGAGGGGAAAGAGGGCUUUUGUAUGGGUUUUAUAUACAGUAUAAAUAUAAUCGAUUCUCAGCAGGAGUUCAUGAGAACCCAUUUGAUGGCGUUUCUGUAAAGUUUCUUUCUUAUUGGUUUCUUGAUAUUUGUUCUGUUUUCAAUAAAAUAAAUCUUACUUUUUUUUUUUAAA